GGUUCUGAUUUUAAUGGCUCUGGGGUUCUGAUUCUAAUGGCUAUGGGGUUCUGAUUCUAAUGGCUCUGGGGUUCUGAUUCUAAUGGCUAUGGGGUUCUGAUUUUAAUGGCUAUGGGGUUCUGAUUCUAAUGGCUCUGGGGUUCUGAUUCUAAUGGCUCUGGGGUUCUGAUUCUAAUGGCUAUGGGGUUCUGAUUCUAAUGGCUAUGGGGUUCCCAGUGUCCCUUGGCUCUGGGGUUCUGAUUCUAAUGGCUGUCGGGGUCAUGGUGCCGCAUGGUUAUGGGGUUCUGGUUCUCUGUGCCUAUGGGGUUCCCAAUUCUCUGUGGCUAUGGUGGUCCCAGCGCCCUAUAGCUAUGGGGCUCUGAUUCUUUGCGGCAAUGGGGGUCGUGGUGCCCCACAGCCAUGGGGUCUCCUGUCAGGAUGGAGGCCCAGCCGCUCCCCACAGAGCCCGGUGUGGGGAGGGACAUGGGGCAAAGUGUCCCCAGUGCCGGGAGGUGACAAUCUGUGAUGGUGUCACCACGGUUCUGUGCUCAGGACCUGACCCUGAAGCUGUGCCUCAUCCGGAGCAUCGCCAUGAUCAGCCGGGCCGUCCGUGGCAGCACCAAAUGCACUGACUUUGUUUUGGGUCGCAAAGCCGAACUCGUGGCGCAGAUGGUGGAGUUCAUCAAAGCAGAACCGCUGGACUCGAUGCGGACACCGGUGCGGCAGUGGGCGAUGGUCACCUGCACUCACCUGGUGUAUCCUCUGUAGAGCCAAGGGAUACGUGGGUUGGAAGGGUCCUGGAAGGUCAUAGAGGCAUGGGAUGGUUGGGUUGGGUUGGAUUGGGUUCAGAAGGCCCUGGAAGGUCAUAGAGGCAUGGGAUGGUUGGGUUGGAGUGGGUUCAGAGGGUCCUGGAAGGUCAUAGAGGCAUGGGAUUGUUGGGUUGGACUGGGUUAGAAGCGUCCUGGAAGGUUGUAGAGGAAUGGGAUGGUUGGGUUGGAUUGGGUUC